AUGAAGUCCGGAAGCGCUGAGUCUGGGCGCCGACAGCUCCUGCCUCUCUCGGCCUCAUUCUCCCCGUCGGUGCGCAGAGAGGACAGGCCGGGGGGAUCUCCAAGCGCCCUCCGCGCUCCGAUCGUGUGGUUCCCGCCGCGCCGCCACAGCUGCUCCUACCUGGGGAGGUGCGCCGGGGCCCAGGGGGCGGGUAGUCGGGGGGUGGGGGGCGGGCGGGGAACCGGCACCGCCCAGAGCUUCCCGGCGCCUUUAAGGAGGAGAAACCCGCGGAGGGAGGAGCCGGUCCGGGUGUGUGCAGGGGAGCGCCUCGCCAGAAGUAUUGACUGCUGGAGGCCAACCCUACGGAGAGGAAGAGUGGCCGGCCACCGCGCCUGGCCCGCGCCGCGACCUCGCCACCGUCGCCUCGCCUCCUUGCUCUCCGCGCUUUCAGCGGCCGCGGCCUCAGGGACGCGGCGUGGGCCGCCCCCAACACGGCCCCCCACACCCCUGCAUUAA